UGUUAGACGACGCUACGGUUAACGGUGUCGACGUGCGCCACCCGUCCAUCUUUACUGAAAAUAACAGCCUUAGUCGCCCAUCUAUUGUAGUUUAUAUUCAACCGAUACUUUCUUAAGAUAGUCAAUGCUAAUGUGAAAGACCCGUUUGUGUUUGUGACUCGCAAGCAAAAAAUGGAGGAGUUGCAUUCGUGUAGCUGCUGCCUGUUGCGGCCGCCUGAGAAAGGACUCAAGACGCUAUAUAAACAUCUCGGCAAAACGGAGAUAUAUUACGACAUGCUGAAAGACUGCCUCGAUAUUGAUCUUGUGAUGGGUAAUGACGAGUGUGGCAUCUGCGAGGUGUGUGUGGGGCGGCUGCGGGACGCAAGCAACUUCAAGCUGCAAGUGCAGCGCUGCCAGACUGAGCUGCAGGCUCGGCUCAAGGGUGGUGUCCUCUCUACCAGUGACAAAUUUAAAAUAAAGUUGGAGAAAGUGGGCAGAGAUGAAACCCCCAUACGCGAUAUUAAGCUGGAGAAAGACGCGGAUAAGUCGGACAAGUCAGACACGGAGAUGGGUGAUAGCGAGAUCGUAUCAGAGACCAUAUUCGCUGAAUCGCCGUCAAGCGUACCUCCCGGGCCUUCGGCGCCCGCCCAGGAAAAACCGCCCGCUAAACGCGGCCGCGGCAGAGUGGUCGAGUGCGACAUAUGCCACAAGACAUUCGACACCAAAAACGCAAACACCAGGCUCAUGAUCCAUCGCCGCUCACACACCGGAGAAAAACCUUACGCGUGCAAAAUCUGCGACAAAAGAUUCGCACAGAGGAGCCACUUGAACACACACAACGCGUUCCACAUGGGCAAGUUCAGGUUCUCCUGCGAACAGUGCGACGCGCGAUUCGUUCAGAAAAAUCAAUACGAUGUACACAUGCGUGGACACACAGGCUCAAGGCCGUUCUCGUGUGAAAACUGCAAAAAGACAUUCAUACAAAGAGGCCACUUAACCCGCCACAAAAGAAAAUGUGAUCCCAUUCACGUAGAGCCAGGGGAGAUCACAUGCAAACUAGAGUAUUCAGACGAUAUUGUGGAUUUAACUUGCGAUAUAUGCAAAAAACAAUUUGCAGACGAAAGCGCCUUCAAAGCUCAUAAAAAAAUUCAUUCCGGUGAGUACCCAUUCUCUUGCGAAAUUUGUGAAAGGAAAUUUAAUACGCAAUUUGCGUUGAACAAUCAUAAAUUUGAGCACUCGGGAGGGAAACCUUUUAAGUGUGAGAAAUGCAAUAAAGCUUAUACAACAAAAAGUGCUUUAAAUAUGCACAUGAGAGUUCACACUGAGGAUUACAAAUAUGAGUGUGACGUGUGUAAGAAACGAUUUAUACUGAAGGAGAAUUUGAACGUACAUAUACGUGUACAUACAGGGGAAAAGCCUUAUACCUGUGCAACAUGUGAGACUAAGUUCCGCUAUAGAUACAGCUUGAAGAAACAUUUAUUAGAAAAACACAACCAAGUUAUGGACAAACAGUUCCAUUGCGAUAAAUGUGACAAGCGAUUUGCUCUACAAGGGACUCUAGCUAAACACUUAGAGAGACAUGUCGACAAAGAAAUAGAAGAUAGAGCGUUAAGAGAAGGGAGGAAGGAAUACAUGUGUGAAAUAUGUAGUAAACAAUUUUCAUCGAAAGGUAUCUUGAAAAGUCACAGGGAGACACACAAUGAAGAGAAAGCUUUCGAGUGUGAAGUGUGUCAUAAGAAGUUUAGAAGGAAGAAGGUUUUGCAAGACCACAUGAAAGUGCACGAGGAUUUUAAAAGAUACUCUUGUGACGUGUGCGGAGUACAGUUUAAGCAUAAAUCUGCAUUAGCAGUGCAUAUUCGACGAAUGCAUUCAACGAUCAGGCCUCAUGUUUGUGACAUUUGUAAGAAGGGUUUCAAAGUUCUUGCUGGAUUGAAGGAGCACUAUCGGGUUCACACUGGGGAGAGACCAUUCGCUUGCGAAAUAUGCUACAAGAAAUUUCAGCGUCACAGUGCAGUUAGGAAACAUCUAAUAAGUGUGCACCACGAGAAACCUAACAGAUUUAUAAAAUUAAAAACGUCGAACAUUUAUAACUAAAUUAAAAAUAAUUAUCGUGUAGAAACUAGGCAAAUGCGUAAGAAAUUAUUGAGAAUAUUUUGUAAACUUGGUCGGUAAGACCAGUUUGCAAAAUUGCUCAGUCAAUUUAGAACAGAAAAGUAUAUAUUUAAGUAUAUAUUACUAAAAACCAAUAAAUACUCUCGGCUGCAGAUAUAACUAACCCCCUGUAAACAUGUCAAACCUUCAAGAAAAGAGCGGACAUCAUAAAAGGCUCAAAAGGCCGGCAACGCACUUCCAACACGUCUGGUGUUUCGGGUGUCCAUGGGUGGCAGUGUUCGCUUACCAUCAGGCAACCUGUCUGCUUGUUUGCCUCUUCUAAAAAAAGUUUAUAUGCAGGGAGUACGGGUCUGGUAUCUCUGUAGCUUACUGUACUAUUCAGCUUCAAUUUCGCAUGAAUCAGGUAAAAAAAGGUUGUAAUAUUGGUAUUAUUAGCUUUAUGAUACGACUCUAUUUUGUAUAAUUAUGUAGUUAUCAGACAAUCCAACUAUAACUAUAUAAAUAUAUAGUUUUUGCGUAUUUGUGCAAGUUCUUAAUAUGAUCUUGUAGUACCUAAAUAUAUUUUUAUUCGGUAACCUUGAAUGCUUCGUUCGAGAUAUUUCGAGUCAAAAAUCAUCGCAUUGAGUGCAAUUCUCUAUUCCUAAUGUUUUUAUUUAUAUGUUGUUGAGUGUUGUAGUUUAUAUGUUAGUUAUUACAUAUACUUACCCCCUUAUUCAUAAACGUACUCUAAAGUUAUCAAGCGGAUAAAGUUCGUUUGUCCCUUUCUAUCACACUGAUAUGUCGGAAAGGGACAAACGAACAUUAUCGGCUUGAUAACUUUAGUGUACGUUUAUGAAUAAGGGGGUUAGUAUUGUUUUCACCACACCAACUGAUACCCUCCCUUGCAUGUGCGAAAACUGAUUUAAAAAGAUAUACAUUAUUAUUAUACACAAACCGCAAAUGGUUUUCUUGUGUUGGUACGUGCAAUUGACAUUUAAAUUGUGAUUUUAGAUGAUAUUUAUUUAAUAAAGAUAAUUUUUUUUACAGUUAGUAUUAUCCUCGCAUUGGUGUGUUGAAAAUAUUUGCGUUUCACUCGGUGGCUAUAUUGCCUCCUUGUAACCGCGUACGUUUGUUCGUGUUGUCGUGCAAUUAAAGGUUAGACAAGUCAGAUUCGCGCGCCAUCGUAAAUGGCACUAAUUAUUGUAAGUGUUUAAAUCGUGUAAAAAAUA